UUAGGGGUAGACCUAACAGAUGUCUUUCAAGAGGUCAGAAAAAAGGACCAGCUGGCAGUCCAUUGUGGAAAAAUUGCAGGUUGUCUGUACAGAAUAAAAUAUGACAAUGGAGAGGAGUGUAUUUCAUGUGAAGGGAAAUGGUUUACGCCCAGUAUGUUUGAGAAGUUUGGAGGAAAAGGGCAUCACAAGAAGUGGAAGGGUAGCAUCUAUUACAAGUCAUCAAAUGGCCUUCAACAAGUUAAAUUACUGAAACUCAUUCAAAAUGGGUGUCUUUCAGAAUUUGGACAACAGAGGGAGUCAAUUAGAGAGGUGACACUGACUCUGGAAUCACCUGUAUGUGGAAUUGAAGAGGAAACAGUCCAACUGAACAGUUCUUCAGAUGAGUCUGUACCUGUUGCUGUAAGAGUCAAAAUGAACAGGAGAGAAUCUGUAAAUAAAAAUCAGUGUUCUACUGAAUCUACUGCCAAUGCUAGAGACAGUUCUUCAGAUGAGUCUGUGCCUGUUGCUGUAAGAGUCAAAAUGAACAGGAGAGAAUCUGUAAAUAAAAAUCAGUGUUCUACUGAAUCUACUGCCAAUGCUAGAGACAGUUCUUCAGAUGAGUCUGUGCCUGUUGCUGUAAGAGUCAAAAUGAACAGGAGAGAAUCUGUAAAUAAAAAUCAGUGUUCUACUGAAUCUACUGCCAAUGCUAGAGACAGUUCUUCAGAUGAGUCUGUGCCUGUUGCUGUAAGAGUCAAAAUGAACAGGAGAGAAUCUGUAAAUAAAAAUCAGUGUUCUACUGAAUCUACUGCCAAUGCUAGAGACAGUUCUUCAGAUGAGUCUGUGCCUGUUGCUGUAAGAGUCAAAAUGAACAGGAGAGAAUCUGUAAAUAAAAAUCAGUGUUCUACUGAAUCUACUGCCAAUGCUAGAGACAGUUCUUCAGAUGAGUCUGUGCCUGUUGCUGUAAGAGUCAAAAUGAACAGGAGAGAAUCUGUAAAUAAAAAUCAGUGUUCUACUGAAUCUACUGCCAAUGCUAGAGACAGUUCUUCAGAUGAGUCUGUGCCUGUUGCUGUAAGAGUCAAAAUGAACAGGAGAGAAUCUGUAAAUAAAAAUCAGUGUUCUACUGAAUCUACUGCCAAUGCUAGAGACAGUUCUUCAGAUGAGUCUGUAGCUGUUGCUGAAAAAGUCAAAAUGAACAGGAGAGAAUCUGUAAUUUUAGCUGACACUCUCCGUAAAAAGAUCACAGAACCGGUAGAAUCUACUGCCAGUGCUAGAGAUUCACCUGCACCUCCCAUUGAUGCUACAGAACCUGCAGUAUCAGGACAAAUGAGGGAGUCAAUCAGAGAGGUGACACCGACAAAGUCCUUGAAAAGAUUGUUUUCCAAAAGUCUGGAAAUACCUGUGUGUCGAAUUGAAGAGGAAACAUUCCAGCUGGACAGUUCUUCAGAUGAGUCUGUAUCUGUUGCUGAAAAAGUCAAAAUGGUACAGAACAGGAGAGAAUCUUUGAUUUUAGCUGAAAAUCUCAGUAAAAAGAUCACAGAAACAGUAGAAUCUACUGCCAAUGCUAGAGAUUCACCUGCACCUCCCACUGAUGCUACAGAACCUGCAGCAUCUACUGUCGCAGACGAGGCCGAUCAGACCACAGAUGAAGCAGCGGGUGAAGCAGCAGCAGCAGCCCAGCUGAACUUCAGUGUUUCUCCCACUGAUGCUACAGAACCUGCAUUAUCUCCUGUCAUAGAUGAAGCCGAUCAGACCACAGAUGAAGCAGCAGGGGAAGCAGCAGCAGCUCAGCUGAGCUGCUGUGAUUCUCCCACUGAUGCUACAGAACCUGCAUUAUCUCCUGUCGUAGAGGAGGCCAAUCAGACCACAGAUGAAGCAGCAGCAGCUCAGCUGAACUUCAGUGAUUCUCCCGCUGAUGCUACAGAACCUGCAGUAUCUCCUGUCAUAGAUGAAGCCGAUCAGACCACAGAUGAAGCAGCAGGUGAAGCAGCAGCAGCUCAGCUGAGCUGCUGUGAUUCUCCCACUGAUGCUACAGAACCUGCAUUAUCUCCUGUCGUAGAGGAGGCCAAUCAGACCACAGAUGAAGCAGCAGCAGCUCAGCUGAACUUCAGUGAUUCUCCCGCUGAUGCUACAGAACCUGCAGUAUCUCCUAUCGUAGAGGAGGCCAAUCAGACCACAGAUGAAGCAGCAGCAGCUCAGCUAAACUCCAUUGAUUCUCCCACUGAUGCUACAGAACCUGCAGUAUCUCCUAUCAUAGAGGAGGCCAAUCAGACCACAGAUGAAGCAGCAGCAGCAGCAGCAGCUCAGCUGAAUUUCAGUGAUUCUCCCACUGAUGCUACAGAACAUGCAGUAUCUCCUGUCGUAGAGGAGGCCGGUCAGACCAUAGAUGAAGCAGCGGGUGAAGCAGCUCAGCUGAACUUCAGUGAUUCACCUGCUGAAAGGCAGAACCCUGAUGCUUCUGAAGAGACUGAGAAGACAGGCCAGAUGCAGUUAAUUACAUUUCUGGAAAACCAGUUUAAAACAAUGAACAACACCCUAACAUCAAUUGAUUUGUCUUUAAAGAAGCUGAUGGAAAAACAGUCACAAGACACACUGCCUCAAUAUAUCUGUCUAAUUCCUGCUGAUUUUGAAAAUCUCCUGAUUAAUUCCUUAGUCAAGCAGGAGCCAAUCACAGAAGGUGGGGGUAGUACUGAGGAAGCACAACUGUGAUCUGAGAGUUUAUCAAUAAAUA